AUGGCGGCACCUCCACCAAGCCCUGAUACCCCCAUCACCCUCAAGGUGGCAUUUGAGGGUGCUACUCGCAGGUUCAAGCUCCCCUUCCGCGACCUAACUGCUAGCUCCCUGGAGACCAAGUUGCGUGAAUACCUGGAGAUUCCCGCCGAAACUAACGCCAUUUUCGAGCGGUAUUCCGACUCUGCCGCCACAUACAUCACACUUGAUCCCGCCAACACUUCGGUGUACAAACAGUUGUUCCGCGCGGCCAAGGCGAAGCAGAAGCUUAAACUACGCGUUACCUGUAUGACGGCAGAGACGCCUGCCCAGGCCUCCACCCCCGAGGUGCAUCAGGACACCACAACGGGACCCAAGUCGGCCUCGGUCGAAGCCGAACCCACAGAGACAGAGGGCGAGACUUCAGCGUCAAACCCCACUAGUCCCGUUCAUGAAGAAACCCCCGAGGUCAUCAAGUCAAUCGAGACUGGUGGCAAAACCGUCAAGACUUUUGACGAUCUCAGGGUUGAGCGCUCCGAUAUCAUGACACGCGUCAACAAGGCCAUGGACCGCAUCGAGGAUCUUCAGAACCGCCUGCCCUUUGGCCGUGCCGCCAGUAUGGCUUCUAUGCCUGUCAGCGAACUCUCGACCCGUUCUGGCUAUGCCGUCUGCUGCAAUAGCUGCGACCAGACUAUCGCCUACGAUCACUACCACUGCUCCAUCUGUGACGACGGCGAUUUUGAUCUUUGCCCUGACUGCCACAACAAGGGUGUUGUAUGCCACAACUAUGGUCACCAACUGACCAAGCGCUUCAUUAACAACGGCUCCAUCACUACCGUCGACACCAAGUCUCGUGAAUAUACCCCCAUGGUCGACGCGGCGCAACUCGCACAAGCCAAGGCUCUAGAGCAACGCAUGGCUGUAGCUCAUGUCGAGUAUAUGGCCAAGCUCCAGGAGGCUGAGGACCAGAAGGCCGCACUUCAGAGAACAAACGAGAUUCUGGCUCUGGCCAAGGCUGAGAGCUCGAGAUCUUCUCUCUCCUCUGCCUCUCCUUCCGUUUCCCGCUACGAGAGCGUCCUUCCUUCCGUCGAGUCUUACUCUCGGGUCACCCUGCGCACCUGCAACUGCUGCAUUUCAGACUUGCCUGAGGCCGAAUUUGUCCACUGCCAGACAUGUGACGACUUCGAUCUCUGCAAGGGUUGCUUUGCCAGGAACCGCCACGGACAUCACCCCAAGCACGCCUUUUCUCCUCUUGUACCCGGGACUUGUAUGGAGUCAGACGUAAGGACCCGUCUCGCCCCAGGUCGCAACCAACUUCACCACGCUAUCUGCGAUGGUUGUGAGAAGGAUAUCCGCGGCGUUCGCCACAAGUGCCUUCAGUGCCCCGACUGGGACUAUUGCUCAACCUGCUACGAGUCGGCUUCGUUCAUCCAUGCCAAUCACCGCUUCGUUCCUAUCUAUGAGCCCCUCGAGCCUGCCUACAUUUGCCACGUCCCGCGCGCUCUUACUCACGUCGGGGUAUGCUGCGAUGGCCCGCUGUGCAACAACAACAACCGCCCUGGCUAUACCUACAUUGUUGGCGACCGCUACAAGUGCGCUGUUUGUGACGAUGUGGACUUCUGCGCUAAGUGCGAGGCGAGCCCCGCCAACACUCACAACAAGACCCACCCUUUGAUCAAGUUCAAGACCCCCGUUCGUAACGUCAACGUCACGACUACCGGCGAGCAUGAGAAUGGACGCAGGAUGCCGGCCAUGGGCGAUCGGCCGCGUCCUUGCCGUCGCGUUACCACUUCGCGUGCCACAGGCACCGAGUCGUUCCAGCCCAGCGUCAUGACUGUGGUUGACGUGAAGCCCUCCGAGCCCGCUCCCGCUGUAAAGGCCGAGAACGCCGAGUCCCCGGCUCCUUUGUAUGUCGCUACAUAUGUGCGAGACAAGGUCGUCGAUGGUACCGUUUUCGGACCUGACCAGGUCUUUGAGCAAACCUGGGUCGUCCGCAAUGACGGACCUACACCCUGGCCGGCUGGGUGCUUCGUCAAGUACCUUCAUGGUGAGUACAUGGGUCAUGUAGACCCAGCUCACCCCACAGCCACUGGCGACCUUGAGUCUUGCUUGCAAUCCAAUGUGUGCGAGCAGCCAGUACUUCCUGGUCAAUCCGUGCCCUUUACUGUUCUUCUCCGCAGCCCAUCAAGGGAAGGCAGACAUCUGUCGCACUGGCGGGUAUCCACGAAGCAGGGCCUCAUGAUCGGACACAAAUUGUGGUGCGAUAUUGUGGUCAAGAAGCCCGAGACUGCUCCCGAGGAGAAGGUUCGGGAAGCCCCUGCCAAGGUUGAGGAUCUCGAGAAGAACAUGGCCAAGCUCAACAUUGAGCCCGAGACCAACGACGCUGCCCCGAUUGACCAUAGCCAAGUGGUCUUCCCUAAGCUCGACAAGGAGUCACCCUCUGCUAGCGUCCAUCAGGAGGACGCCCAGUCUCAAGCCGAGUCUGGUCCCGAAGAGGAGGACUACGAGGAGUGCGAAGAUGCCGAGUGGGAUGAGUCCGAGUCCUACAUGACUGAUGAAGAGUACGACAUCCUUGACGCCUCGGAUGAGGAGUCUGUUAGCGCCUCCAGGAAGUAG